AUGAGUAAAUUUGAUGCUGAAAACGCUGAAAACUUGGAAGACAUUGAAAAACAAUUUGCAGUUAAAGCUGUUCAUCAAGCUGAAACUUAUUGGAAUUUAUUAACUAAAAUAAAAGGUUCAAGUUUAAAAUUAACAAAAUAUGAUGAUGAAAUUUAUAAUUUAUUAAUUGAAAAAUUUCCUGAAUUUAAAGAUCCAAAUUUCGCUAAACAUAUAAAUGAAGAUGAAAUGAAAUCUAAAGUAGGUAAAGAAAGAUGGAGAUUAUUUUGUGAAGAAUUUAAAUAUAUUGAAGAUUAUAAUUUUGGUACUUUAUUAAGAACAAAAUCUGAUACUGAAUAUGAUCAAAUUUCAACAAUUUUUGCUGUUAGAAUUCAAUUUUAUGCUAUUGAAAUCGUUAGAAAUAGAGCUGGUUUAAAUGAUUGGAUUUAUGGUCAACAAUCAAUGUAA